AUGUCUAACAAAGGUGCAACUUCACUUUAUACAAAGGCUAGCGAGAAAAAGCUAGAGAGAAACGCGGGUGUCGCCGCCAUCCAGCACUUCUUUCAAACCCAGUAUCGAACAAGUCAGCCUCAUAGUGACCCGAGGUUCUCACCUCAAGUCACGCUUUCAGUAGAUGAAGCACUCCGCAUUAUCAUCAACCAAUCCCCGGAGCCUAUUGCAGUCGAUAGCUCAGUGACCACAUCUAUCAUUGGAUCAGUUAUUGCCAACGAUGUUCAUGCCUCCAGAAUGAUCCCAUCGUCUCACGUUAGUGCUAUCGAUGGCUACGCAAUAGUCGUGGAGCAAGACGAAUCCACACGUUGUGUUUUUCCUAAAACCCUAGCCCUGAGUUCAAAGAUCGACGAAUACUCUGGGGUACUACGGUCAGACACAGCUGUUAGAAUUACUACUGGUGCUCCUCUUCCUCGAAAUGCCAAUGCCGUGGUCAGUAUGGAAGAUACAAUACUUGACGAACGUGGGGGAGAAAGUGUUGGAAUCAUUACCAAUGACAUUACGAUAGGCAAAAGUGUGCGCGAGCCCGGCAGCCACAUUCCUCUGCACUCACGACUGUUUGCUUGUGGUGAUACUCUAUCGCCGGUCAGCGGGGCAAUCAGCUUACUUGCUUUGGCGGGUGUCUCGACUGUCAAAAUAUUCAAGAAGCCUCGAGUCGGUAUCCUGAGAAGAUCCGAAAACCUCGUGGAUCUCAAUAUGCAAAUGUGCGAGGCCAGUCAUUUAUCUGUCUUGUCGGGGUUGGCUUCAUGGGGCGUUGAGAUCGUGGAUCUCGGCACUGUUCACGGCACGUCAGAUGAAUGGCUAUAUCAUGCAUUGCAUGCAAACGUGGAUAUUAUACUGAUCACCAAUGGCCAAUCAAUCGAACUAGACCUCAAGUCCACUAUUGAGAGCACACUGGGCGGUGCCAUUCACUUCAAUCGUGUUGCCAUCAAACCCAGCAGCCAUACCAUGUUCGCGACAAUACCCAUUCCUGCUACUGAAAAUGUCUCGAGACCCAUAUUCUCGCUCCCAAGCGACCCAGCAUCUGCAUUAGUAGCUCUAAACAUCUUCGUCUUGCCUUCAUUGAACAAAAUGAGUGGCCUUGGUGAGAGCGCUCAUGCGGUCGCUGCUGAGCCCUGGAUGACAACACAGCUAGGCCUGCCUCGUGUGGCCGUUGUUCUGACACAUCACUUUCCUCUUGAUCCUAGACAAACUGAGUACCACCUUGCUGUUGUGACGGGCUCUCGGUCUGAUGCUAGGUUGUAUGCGACUAGUAUUGGUUCUGGGGCUUUGGAAUCGCGUCGCAGUCGUGACCUUAAGAGGAAUGACGCGAAUGCGUUAAUUAUACUCCGUGUGGGGCGAGGAGUUGGAAUCAAGGGUGAAAUUGUGGAGGCGCUGCUGAUGGGUCCUAUUCAUGGCUCGGACACGCGACUUAUCUGCUAG